AUGUGCAGCACCAUGGAGAACCUCUACUCAGACUUGGACAGCUCCAGUUGCGACCUGUCUUACACGCACACGGAUGACGAAGACUCUCGCAGCAGCAUGCACGUCAGCUCACCGACCUGCCAGCCGUCAUCACCCAUCAGCAACAGCCAAGAUGCGCCGACCCCCGAGCAGCAGCAGAAAAAGAGACGCAGGGGACGCGUGAGGAACGAGGCCACCGUGCAUGUGGUCAAGAAGAACAGGCGCAUGAAGGCGAACGACCGGGAAAGGAACAGGAUGCACAAUCUGAACGACGCAUUGGACACUCUCCGGAGCGUCUUGCCUGCCUUCCCGGACGACACAAAACUUACAAAGAUCGAAACGCUACGUUUCGCCCACAAUUACAUCUGGGCGCUCUCCGAGACCAUCAGAAUUGCGGACCAGUGCCAAAGCAAGACAAGGGACGCGCCGCUGCUCCCGGCCGGGCUCGGGUGCAUCGCGGAUGCGCCAAGUCCCGGCAGUGACGCUUGCUCUUGGAUGUCCAGCGCCUCAUCCUCCUCUUCGUCCCCUUCAUACUGCACUUCAAACCCCAGCAGUCCCGCCGUUUCGGAAGACUAUGGCUUUUUGCAUACAGAUAGUCUGUACAGCUACCACAACUUUGUGUCAGGCAUCUUCUAGGAAAUGGGCUUGAUCUUGUUACGCGAUUGUGGCCUUUGGCGCGCGCUAGGGACGAACUGAAACGCCACUGCCUUAAGACGAAACUCAGUUACUCAGUUUAGAAGAAUCUAAGUGCGAUGUGAGGGACCGUAGA